UCUCUCUCUCUUCCUUUUUUGCUCCCUUGCUCACUCUCGUCUCUUUCUCUUUGCAAACGGGUGAUAAGGCGCAUAUACGCGGAAAUGUCGACAAAUGAAAGAGCAACCCGAGCACUAAAAGAAAUUCUACAACGACCGGGAAAUAAUGCCUGCGCAGACUGUGGCGCAUUGGAUCCUAGCUGGGGAUCAAGCUCCCUGGGAGUGUUCAUCUGUUUGGCCUGUUCUGGGAUCCACCGUAACAUCCCUGAAAUCAGCAAGGUCAAAUCCUUGGGGUUGUCCCACUGGGAGGACCAUGAGGUGAAGUUCAUGGCUGAGAAUGGAAAUGAUCUAAUGAAGAAAAAAUAUGAAGCUGCUGUUCCAGUCUAUUACUACAAACCGACCCACAAGGACUGUCAAGUGCUGAGAGAGCAGUGGAUUAGAGCAAAGUAUGAGAGAAAAGAGUUUUCUGAACCUGUGGAAAGCUUAACAUAUGAAUCAGGAACGAGAGAGGGCAUGUUGAUGAAAAGGGGACGGGACAAUGGGCAGUUUUUUAGCAGGCGAUUUGUCCUUUCUGAAAGAGAGGGCACUCUGAAGUACUACACCAAAUAUGACGCUAAGGAGCCCAAAGCAGUGAUUAAGGUGGACACUAUUAAUGCAACAUUCCAGCCAGAGAAGAUAGGAAAUCCCUGCGGCCUGCAGAUCACCUACCUCAAAGACUACAGCACCCGCAAUAUCUUUGUCUAUCACGAGAGUGGCAAGGAAAUUGUUGACUGGUUUAAUUCAAUUCGGGCCGUUCAGCUUCACUAUCUAAAAGUGGCCUUUCCAGUUGCAACUGAUCUGGAGCUCAUACCCAAACUUACCAGGAACUUUCUCAAGGAAGGAUACAUGGAAAAAACAGGCCCCAGGCAAACGGAGGGCUUCAAGAAACGUUGGUUCACACUGGAUCACAGACGACUGAUGUACUUCAAAGAUCCAUUGGAUGCCUUUGCUAAAGGUGAAAUAUUCUUUGGGAACAGGGCCAACGGUUACAGCGCCUCUGCCGGCUUACCGGCUGGGGUCCACUGUAACGGCGCUUGGCAAUAUGGCAUCACAAUAGACACACCGGACCGUUGCUUCCUGUUUACCUGUGAGACAGAGAGUGACCAACAGGAUUGGGUGAAACAUUUUAAUGACGUUAUCGACGCUCAGAUGACCCCUCAGGAGCACACAAUGGAGGCCUUGUUAAAGCACAGACACUGACAGAUCAGAGGCCUGCGGGACCUCUUCCUCCCCUCUACGCCCAUCAACAGUCUGACAGGCUCAACACCAACAGUGCUACUCGCAAGCCGGAGUUUGUGGCACAAUCCCAAAAACAUGGACUUUAGGUUAAAACUGAGAACAAUUGUAUUAAAGCAUUGUUGUAAAAGAUUAAUUGUAUGUUCAUUUCAGUACUAGAUUUUUUUUUAAUUCAUUCUUGAAUUGUGGAACAGUCUUAUCGGACUCCAAAAUUAUUUACGAAUUUGGACUAAAUCUCGAGGACACUUUUUUUCUGUUUUUUAUUCUUGUGGCUACUCCUCAUAUUGAAUAAUAACAUGCAGAAUUUUUUGUGCCAAGCAACUUACAUUUUUAGAGGCAAAGCUUUCAUGAAACAAACAAAUGUUGUAUGAAAUUGUGACAUAAUUAAUUUAAUGCAUGUAAGUGCUAUAACAGUUUUUUUUAUAUAUAUUUAGAUUGUAAUUGAAGACAUGUUCCUAUUGUGCCAGAGUGUCUAUUUCUGCCCAAGUAUUUCAUUUUUACUGCUGAUAAAAUUGCAGGUAAUACAAUAUGCAAGGUGGUGGGAAACACUAUGAUCUAAGCUUUUGGGAUGAGCAAAUGCUCAAGCGUUAUACAUUAUUGGAGAGUAUUUAGCUGCUUUGGUUAUAUGCUGUACAGUAAGUUACAGGGAGGAAAUAUGUCUGUACUGCAAUGUUUCUUUGAGUCAAAAAGUACAACUCCUCAGAGAAAGAAAAAAUAAUAUAUCAACAAUAUAUAUAAUUGUUACUGUCUACAUCUUAGUGUCUAAAGUUCAGUAUUUUGUUUUUGUGUUUUAUUCCAGAAGAAAAUACAUGCAUGUUUUUUUAAGUGCUCUAAAAAAAAGCUCUUAUUGAAGGCACUUUGAAAAUUAAUUUCAAGCAAGGUGCUGAAAAAUGGUAGCAGUUUCAUGGUUUAGCAGCACCUCCAUGUGGUACAACUGUUUUUUUGUUUUUUUUAUUACUUCUUCCAAAUGUAUUUGGAUAACACCUGCAGUCACGUUAAAAAGAAACCCCAUGCUCUAUUAAUUCGAUUUUUUUUUUGUAAAAAUGAGCUGCUCUUUACUAUGUUCUAAAAUAACUGAAAUCUAAUUGUAAGUAUAUCCACAUACCUAUCUAUUUUAGAACAAAGACAAAACUAAGCACACCAGAAGCGGAAAAAUUUGACAGGGAUGUAGUUUCUUUUUACUGUAUCUGUAAGGGUUGCCUUUUAAUAAUACUUGUAAUUUUUAUAUAUUUCUAAAAUGUACCAAUUUCACUGUUAUAUUUUGCUUUUCAUUUAAGGUAUUUUAAAGGUAAAUUAAAGGUAAAGGUAAUUGUUUUCCCAAUUGCUGACUGGCAAAGAAAUUUAACUAAUGAAAAACUUGUAAUAAAAUUUAUUUCAGUAUUCUAA